GAAAAUUUGGGUGACACAGAUUUAGUUUUUUGGAUCUCAACUUAUAUAAGCGCGAUUACGAAGCAUAGAAUCUUACAUGGAGAGAGAAUCCAAACCUUCCUAUAUGUGGGCUUUCAUGAAAAUUAUGGCUUUGCAUUAAAAUAAUGUGUAAUUUUUGGUGUGUGGCGUAUUAUCAAAAACCAAUGAAUAAAUGCAUCGGCGGAGUGCUGUUGGACAGAAUGUCCGCUUCAAAACCCUAUGACGCAACGGUGCACACUGCAAACAUAGAUGAGAUUCAUGAGGUGCCAAUAAAUGUGAUUCGUAGACCAAUACCUUCGGUUUUAGAUGAGGACAAAGUAAAAUCGCUUAUGGAAACAAUACAGAAUGCAGAAACCAUUAAUGAAGUUCCACCAAUUGAUGUACUUUGGAUAAAGGGAUCAAGAGGUGGUAAUUAUUAUUUCAGCUUUGGAGGCUGCCAUCGUUUCGAGGCCUACAAGCGAUUACAGCGCCACACGAUUAAGGCGAAAUUACUGCAUUCAACGUUAUCCGAUUUAUGCACAUAUUUGGGGUCAAGCACACCGAAACACCUAGACUAGCGAAUUAUGUCGAAAAUUCGCAACAAAAAAUAUUAAAUAUUAAAAUUUGCGUUUAAAACGUUUAAGUCUUAUAAAAUUUAACUUCACAACGCCAAGUAGCCCACUAUUGUAAAACAAUGG